AGGUUCGCUUUCCGGCGGUUGCGCGGGGCCGGGGCGCCAGCGCCCGCCUUCCCGUUUCCUCCGGUUGCGCAGCGCGCCCGCGGCCUGUGACCCUGGCGACCGCUCCUCAGUGACAAGAGAGCGGGGCCGGGCGCGGCUCCGGCCUGACCUGCGAAGGGACCUCGGUCCAGUCCCCUGUUGCGCCGCGCCUCCCGUCCGUCCGUGCGCGGGCCAGUCAGGGGCCAGUGUCUCGAGCGAUCGAGGUCGCAGACCUAGAGGCGCCCCACAGGCCGGCCCGGGACGCGGGGAGCGCCGGCCGCGGGCCAGGUGGGGAUGCCCCUGCACGUGAAGUGGCCGUUCCCCGCGGUGCCGCCGCUCACCUGGACCCUGGCCAGCAGCGUCGUCAUGGGCUUGGUGGGCACCUACAGCUGCUUCUGGACCAAGUACAUGAACCACCUGACCGUGCACAACAAGGAGGUGCUGUACGAGCUCAUCGAGAACCGAGGCCCGGCCACGCCCCUCAUCACCGUGUCCAAUCACCAGUCCUGCAUGGACGACCCUCAUCUCUGGGGGAUCCUGAAACUCCGCCACAUCUGGAACCUGAAGUUGAUGCGUUGGACCCCUGCAGCUGCAGACAUCUGCUUCACCAAGGAGCUGCACUCCCACUUCUUCAGCUUGGGCAAAUGUGUGCCUGUGUGCCGAGGAGCAGAAUUUUUCCAAGCAGAGAAUGAGGGGAAAGGUGUUCUAGACACAGGCAGGCACAUGCCAGGUGCUGGAGAGAGAAGAGAGAAAGGAGAUGGCGUCUACCAGAAGGGGAUGGACUUCAUUUUGGAGAAGCUCAACCAUGGGGACUGGGUGCAUAUCUUCCCAGAAGGGAAAGUGAACAUGAGUUCCGAGUUCCUGCGCUUCAAGUGGGGAAUCGGGCGCCUGAUUGCUGAGUGUCAUCUCAACCCCAUCAUCCUGCCCCUGUGGCAUGUUGGAAUGAAUGACGUCCUUCCUAACAGUCCUCCCUACUUCCCCCGCUUUGGACAGAAAAUCACUGUGCUGAUCGGGAAGCCCUUCAGUGCCCUGCCUGUACUCGAGCGUCUCCGGGCAGAGAACAAGUCAGCUGUGGAGAUGCGCAAAGCCCUGACAGACUUCAUUCAAGAGGAAUUCCAGCGUCUGAAGACUCAGGCAGAGCAGCUCCACAACCACCUCCAGCCUGGGAGAUAGGCCCCGCCUGGCCAGCCCCUGACCUUGCCUCCUCUGGGCCCUGGGGGAGCAGGCAGGGCUGAGGCUGGAGGAAGAGGCGGCACCAGGGUCCAGGACCAACUGGGCUGGCUGGCCUUGCUUGCUGCCUUCUGGAUACUUGGCCUGCACAGAGCUGGGGCUGAGGAAUGGACUGAUGCUUUUAGCUCAAAUGUGGCUUUUAGACAGAUUUGUUCAUAGACCCUCUCAAGUGCCCUCUCUGAGCUGGUAGGCAUUCCAGCUCCUCUAUGCUUCCUCAGUUAAACGAAGGACCUCAGCUGCUUCUCCCACUUGGCCAAGCAGGGAGGAAGAAGCUUAGGCAGGGCCCUCCUUCCUUCUUGCCUUCAGAUGUUCUCUCCCAGGGGCUGGCAUCAGGAGGAAGCAUAGAAGGCAGGUGAGCAAGCAGUUGGCUGGGGGAGUGGGGGGCCCACCGGAGCUGUGGAGAGGGGACCCUAAGACCCCUCAGCCUGGCUCCUACCCCCCACCCUUGCCGAACCAGGAGCUGCUCACUACCUCCUCAGGGAUGGCCGCUGGCCAAGUCUUCCUUCUGCUUGAGCUUCCCUCCUGCCACAGGCCCUUUCCUCAGGCAAGGUCUGGCCUCAGGUGGGAAGAGCAGCCCUUGGCCAGAAGUCAAGCCCAGCCACGUGGAGCCUAGAGCGAGGGCCUGAGGUCUGGCUGCUUGCACCCAUGCUGGGGCCACCGACUUCUCCAUCCUUUCUGCUUCUCAACAUCACUUGAGUCCUGGGGCCUGGGUUUUCAUGUUUUUGAAACAGAACCAUAAAGCAUAUGUGUUGGCUUGUUGUA